CGCAGACUCAUGAUCUACAUUCUCAUAGCCAGCUUUUCACUUAGACGAGAGGAAUCUUCAGUGUCCCAGAGAGUGUUCUGUUGCAGGUCUUUGAGACUCCACUGAAGAUUCCGUUCGUGAACAAUCACAAGAGCCCUGCUGGAGCAUCACCCCAGGGUACCCUGGGAAUCUGUGGAGCUGCCAGUUGAUCUGCUGCGUUUGAGGAUAGUGGGAGGACCGGACAGACGGAGCAGGAGAUUUAGUCGCUCAGACAGUCUGACAGUUUUCUGCUGUGUGAUUUAGUUAAAGGGACCAACCAGCAGCUGCCACCCCAGGAUAUGCCCCCAUUGGGUCACUGAGCCGGACUGAUGUGUUGUGCGAGCCAUGGUGACUCUGUCCCACAAGUAGCCUUUCAGUGAGGAAGACUGCGAAGAGGACAGACAAUAGACCAGAGGAACGACGUGAAGAAAGGAGGAAGAGCAGCAGCAGAUAAACCACUCCAGAAUGCCUGUAGAGACCCUCCGGCCCUCAGACGGGCGUCUGGCAGGGGUCCCCUUCACCUCAGCCAUGCCUUUCCGUAUCCUCAACAAGGGACCCGGCUACUUCCGGCGGCCCGCGGAGCCCGGAGCCGGUAAGCUGAGUGCGGUGGAGCGUCUGGAGGCGGACAAGGCCAAGUACGUGAAGAGCCAGCAGGUGGUGCUCACCAGGCAGGAGCCUGUCAAACCACCCAUCAUCCGCAAGCCUCUGCUGUCCCCGGGCAUGAUGCUGCAGUGUCGGAUCAACGCCCCCCCGGCCCGCAAGGUGCCCCGGCGGCCUGCGGACUCAGAGAACGGAGGAGGGACAGGAGGGGUAGGGUGGCGGAGGGGACCACCUCUUAACCUGGAGAUCCUCAACAACCUCAUCAACAAUGUGUGUGAUGGACCCCUUCUCUGCUCCCCAUCUUCCGUCCCCUCCUCGCCCUCCACCUCCUCUCCUUCAUCUGGGGGGAACAGCAUGGGGAAUGGACUCUCAGCUGACCAGGAGAGGAGCAAUCGAGUCCUGAGCAACCUUAAACCGGUUAAUAACUGCUACACCUCCUCCUCCACCACCUCCUCCUCUUCCACCUCCUCUCCCCUCAACAACAACAACAGCCAGACCUGCCCUGCCGAGCCCAGCCACCGGCCGCCCCCUGUCCCAGCACGGGGCAUCAGGGUGGGGGUGCCAGCGCCCUACAGCUCUCCUAACUCAGUGACGGUGCGCAGGGUGGAUGUGAGGCCCCAGGCUGAGCCGAGGAAGCCCCAGAGGACCCGGUUUCAGCCUCAGAUCAAGCCCAGACAAACUUCCCAGCCCCAGGUGGCUCAGGCCCCAUCACCACCGCCCUCACAGCAGGCCAAGCCCCAGCCCCUCACUCCCACCCGGGCUUUGCCCUCUCCCCCAACCUACCUGCCUCCCAGCCCCAUGCUGAUCCGGGCGGACAUGAUGCCCCCAGCCUCCCCUGCUUUCACCCGCCUGUCCUCAGCCAGCUCCAGGGGGUCUCGGCCCGGCUCGGCCCGGAAACACCCCUCCCUACACCGCUCCAAGUCUGACCUGAGCGACCGGUACUCACGAGCCACAGCCGACCUGGAGCGCUUCUUCAACUACUGUGGGCUGCACCCAGAGGAAGUAGAGGGCAUGGGGGGAGUGGAGCGCUUCGCCAGGGCCAGCUCAGACAUUGUGUCUGUGUCCAAGCUGCGCAGCGCCAGCACCCCCAGCUCUGAGUGUGAGCAGGCGCGGGAACAAGGGGAAGUGGAGGGCGAGGAGGGUCCUGCUCGACCCGGGGAGCGUGUCCCCUACGGAAUCUCAAUCAUCGAGAGGAACGCUCGUGUCAUCAAGUGGCUGUAUGGGAUCCGGCAGGCGCGGGACGCUGUGUCCAACGUUUAGAGGAAAGAGACAGAAGGGGGAGGCUCUGGAAUGAUACCCAGGCCUAGAGGAAAGAGACAGAAGGGGGAGGCUCUGGAAUUAUACCCAGGCCUAGAGGAAAGAGACAGAAGGGGGAGGCUCUGGAAUUAUACCCAGGCCUAGAGGAAAGAGACAGAAGGGGGAGGCUCUGGAAUUAUACCCAGGCCUAGAGGAAAGAGACAGAAGGGGGAGGCUCUGGAAUUAUACCCAGGCCUAGAGGAAAGAGACAGGAGGGGGAGGCUCUGGAAUGAUACCCAGGCCUAGAGGAAAGAGACAGAAGGGGGAGGCUCUGGAAUGAUACCCAGACCUAGAGGAAAGAGACAGAAGGGGGAGGCUCUGGAAUGAUACCCAGGCCUAGAGGAAAGAGACAGAAGGGGGAGGCUCUGGAAUGAUACCCAGACCUAGAGGAAAGAGACAGAAGGGGGAGGCUCUGGAAUGAUACCCAGACCUAGAGGAAAGAGACAGAAGGGGGAGGCUCUGGAAUGAUACCCAGACCUAGAGGAAAGAGACAGAAGGGGGAGGCUCUGGAAUGAUACCCAGGCCUAGAGGAAAGAGACAGAAGGGGGAGGCUCUGGAAUGAUACCCAGACCUAGAGGAAAGAGACAGAAGGGGGAGGCUCUGGAUUGAUACCCAGGCCUAGAGGAAAGAGACAGAAGGGGGAGGCUCUGGAAUGAUACCCAGGCCUAGAGGAAAGAGACAGAAGGGGGAGGCUCUGGAAUGAUACCCAGACCUAGAGGAAAGAGACAGAAGGGGGAGGCUCUGGAUUGAUACCCAGACCUAGAGGAAAGAGACAGAAGGGGGAGGCUCUGGAAUGAUACCCAGACCUAGAGGAAAGAGACAGAAGGGGGAGGCUCUGGAAUGAUACCCAGGCCUAGAGGAAAGAGACAGAAGGGGGAGGCUCUGGAUUGAUACCCAGACCUAGAGGAAAGAGACAGAAGGGGGAGGCUCUGGAAUGAUACCCAGACCUAGAGGAAAGAGACAGAAGGGGGAGGCUCUGGAUUGAUACCCAGACCUAGAGGAAAGAGACAGAAGGGGGAGGCUCUGGAAUGAUACCCAGACCUAGAGGAAAGAGACAGAAGGGGGAGGCUCUGGAAUGAUACCCAGGACUAACACAGGUUGUUUUUUAUUUAUUGAUAAAUCCCACAGACAAUUGAGGGGUAGAUAUUUUCCUGGAGGACAUUGUUAUUCUGUAUUGUGUUGCCUUACGGCAUGUAUAGUAUCAUUUCUUAGAAGAGAAUAAGGACCAGAAAUCACACUCCUCUCUAAACAAAUAUUCAAAGCAAUAAUGGCAGUGGUAGAAAUGAUGGAAUGCUGAGGAUGAUGGUGAUGUUGACCAGAUGCUCUGGUUCCUGCUGUCACUGUCUGUCUGAAAUACAGGUACUUCGGAGGCUGUGUUUAGAGUCCAGGCCCUGUUCUCUCUGCACAGGGGUCCAGGGCCCUGUUCUCUCUGCACAGGGGUCCAGGGCCCUGUUCUGUCUGCACAGGGGUCCAGGGCCCUGUUCUGUCUGCACAGGGGUCCAGACCCUGUUCUGAAUUUACAGAAUCUAAUGAUGCAAGAAAAGGCUCUGGGUGUUCCACAGCUCUCACACGUGUGUGUGUGUGUGUGUGUGUGUGUGUGUGUGUGUGUGUGUGUGUGUGUGUGUGUGUGUGUGUGUGUGUGUGUGUGUGUGUGUGUGUGUGUGUGUGUGUGUGUGUGUGUGUGUGUGUGUGUGUGUGUGUGUGUGGAGCAAGAAAGACUAGAACUUCAUUGAUACUGUGAAACAUGAAAGCUUCCAUUAAAAUAACCUGUUUUACUUUCUUGUAA